AUGGUGGCUCCGAAGAUGACCAAGAACCAGAUGCGCCGCGCCAAGAAGAAGGCAGAGAAGCAGGCGAAACCAGAAGUAGAUUAUGCCCCAGUCAGUGGAAGUCGAACCACGCGCAAUUCUGACGUGUUCCAGGAAUCUGCCCAGGCGAGCGAGACAGAUCAGGUCGAAUCGAAUAAGGACGAAACCGAAGUGGCCGCAGAUAUCACCCAGUCAAACGAUGCAUCGGAGCUCGAGGUCAAAAAGGAACCUGCGUCGUCGGACAAUAUCCCUGCCGAUGGACCCGUCGACGAGUUUGAUCUUGCGAACGAGGAUCCGGCCUAUUCCAUGUACAAGGACAUCUUCAGCAAAUUUGGCGCAUCAAACGACGAGGAUGAAGUUGCAAAGGAGGCCAACGCUGGCAACCAGGGCGAGAUUUUCUUUGCCGAUGACGACGACAUACCCGACGAGGAAGAGGAAACUGCUGGGCCGAACAAGAUGUCCAAGAAGAAGCGGAAAAUGUUGAACAAGCUUUCUAUCGCCGAGCUGAAGGCACUGGUCAGGAAGCCCGAAGUUGUCGAAUGGCACGACACAUCAUCAUCGGACCCCCGGCUCCUGGUCCAGAUCAAGGCACAGCGAAAUGUCGUUCCCGUCCCUACACAUUGGUCACUCAAGCGCGAGUACCUAUCGUCGAAGAGGGGAAUUGAAAAGGCUGCCUUCAAGCUUCCCAAGUUCAUCGCAGACACCGGCAUCUCCGAGAUGAGAGACGCCGUGCUGGAAAAGCAGGCAGAGCAAAGUCUGAGGCAGAAGCAGCGCGAAAGAGUGCAGCCGAAAAUGGGAAAACUGGAUAUCGACUACCAACGGCUCUACGAUGCUUUCUUCCGCUUUCAGAGCAAGCCCACCUUGACACGUUUUGGUGAGGUGUAUUACGAAGGCAAAGAAUACGAGACGAACCUACGGCAUCUUCGACCUGGUGAGCUGAGCGAUCCCCUAAAAGAGGCGCUUAGCAUUCCUCCCGGUGCUCCUCCGCCGUGGCUCAUCAACCAACAGCGUUUUGGACCUCCUCCUUCAUACCCCUCGCUCCGCAUCCCUGGGCUCAAUGCCCCUAUUCCGGCAGGAGCACAAUGGGGCUUCAAUCCUGGGUGCUACGGAAAGCCGCCAGUCGAUGACUACAACCGACCGCUAUUUGGUGGAGAUAUAUUUGGUAUAAUGCAACCAAACCAGACAGCUCCACCACCUGGCGAACCUGUAGAGCGCAACAUAUGGGGAGAAUUACACGAGCCGGAGGAGGAGUCCGAGGAAGAGGAAGAGGAGGAGGAAGAAGACGACGAAGAGGAUGAAGAUGUUGGAGCAGGCUUACAGACGCCGUCUGGUAUGGAAACUCCUGGCGGUCUUGCAAGUAGCGUGCCCACAGAGUACGGCACGAAUACCGAGUCGGUAGCUGGGGAGAUGGAUCUGCGCAAGUCCCGCCGCGGCUUCGACACGGAAGACAGCACGCACCCGCGUGCAGCGUACACAGUCAUCCAGGAGAAGCAAGCAAAAGCAGAAGGUUUCUUCGGCAGCGACCGCGUGUACGAUCUCAAGAACGCGGGCGGUGACAUGCGUGUCCUGGGACAAGGCGACGACAGUAGCCGCAAGCGCAAGAAGCCUGGCGAUGUGGACGUGUCGUUUGAUCCCGAUGCCCUGGGCGACGGUAUCAGCAAGGAAGAUAUGCAGCGGCGGUUCGAGGAGAGCCGACGGGAAGAGGGUAUCGGCGCUAAUUGGAGGAGAGAGGACGGCCUUGAUGAGAUGAUAGCAAGUGAAAGCCGCAAGAGACUGAAGAGAGACGAGGAGAAGAGAGACGACAAGAAGAAGAGCAGCAGCAAGUAUAGGUUCUAA